CUUCUGCUUCCGGUAGCGGGGUUUCCGGGUCUCGCGAUAUUUCGGAAUUUUUUGAAACGUCAGCUAACGCGCGCGCGUGCGGAGUCUGGAGAGACGCUGCAGGGAAUACAGCUUGACAGCCUUUUAAUGAUGGGUCCAAAGAAGCUACCACUGGAUACAAGUGAGAGUGACUCUGAGGAGUUGCCAAUAUUUACGUUUCUGAAACAGAAGCCAUCUUUAACAAAGAGCAGCCAAGUUGUGGUCCACAGCUCAGAAGCUGAGUGUUCUUCUUCCCCAGGGUCAAAAGAGUUGUCCGCUGUCCAAGAGGCAGCCAGAACUGUUUCCCCAGAAGAGCUAGUUACAGUGUUAAGUAGUGAUAGUGAAGAGGAAGAGGAGCUUAUUCCCCUGGUACAGAGACUUCAAUGUAGAAUGACAAAUAGUUUUUCUAAAGCACAGGAAUCAAGCCAUCAGGACUCAAGCUCCCAAACUAAAUGUGCUUUGGACCAUCAGCCCAAUGAAGGAAGAGCAGAUGAAUGGAAAGAACAGCAUUUUCCAAAGGCCCUUGCUCUCUCUAAUUCUUCCUCAGUUAAAGAUGCUUCAGAGAAUGACAGGGAUGUUGUUGAAGAAGAGCCACGCAAUCAUCUUCCAGUCUACUACUCUGCCUCCCCAGUCCAGAUUAGAAAUUUGUCAGCCACGGAGGAAAGUUCAGUGCUCUGUCCUCCCCAGAAGAGAACUAAGUACACUCAGAAGGAGAGAGGAAGAGGUCGUCAGGGUCCCCUCCAGUCCCAAAGAAAACAGAAGGAAACUGAGCAGAGACAGCAAGAGAGAGAACGGAAAAAAGCCCUGGCCAACAUGCUAAAAGCACAGAAGCCAGAGGAGUGUCUGAAACACAUCACAAUUGUAUUAGAUCCAGCUCUCUUACAGCUUGAUGGUGGUGGUCAGGUCCUCAGUGCUCUGCAAGCUAUGGAGUGUCACUGUGCAAUUGAGGCACAGACCAUUCCAUGUAGCAUCACUUGGAAGAGGAGAGCCAGCCUGUCUCAGGAUGAAAAGGGAAACUUGACUGAAGAGCCAAUCAUUCUGGUCCUGCUCCAGGAAAAAGAGUUUAUGACCAUGAUCUACAAUUCAAAGCAGGAUGGCCCUGAAGGGAAGGAAACUCUGCAGAGCUUUGUAACUUGGGUCACAGCAAAAACAUUAGGAAAAACUCUGUCACUGGCAGUCGUGGAACAGGAAAAAUAUUCUAGCUCUCCAAAACCCCAGAGGAGGCAGAAACAGGGAGUCACAGUGAAUAGAGACCAAGCCAAGAGGAAGGUAAAUCAGAAGGGAUCAAAGGAGAACAGAGAGUUUACUCCCACACUGUCCAGGGUAGAAGUAGAAACGGCUUUGGUGGAGUUGCAGCUUCACACAGAAGCCCAGAUUAGAAUCCUGAAGAGUUGGAAGGAGCUGGCUGACUUCAUCUGUAUGUUCACCAAGGCUGUGGCUGAGGCACCCUUCAAGAGAUCUCGGGAUUGGACUAAUUUUUCCUUCUGUCCGGCGAGUGAUUGGGCUGGAGGGGUGAAGGUGGACUGCUCUGGUAAGGGACUUGCACUAGUCUGGAGGAGACAGAUUCAACAGCUAAAUCGAGUUAGCUUGGAGAUUGCCAGUGCAAUUGUAACUGCCUAUCCCUCACCUCGGCUUCUGCUACAGGUCAGCAAAAACCAGCUUGCUGUGAACAGCUGCUUUUCCCACCAGAAAAAGCUGCAGCUGUCAGCCAGAGACAUCCAGGUGCGCCGAAGGGAGGGUGUAACAUCUACUUCUCGCCGAGUUGGACCAGAGCUCUCUAGGCGCAUCUAUUUUCAGAUGACUACUUUGCAGCCUGACCUCUCUCUGGACGGUUCAGAAUGACUCCUAACCAAAACUAAUGGUUUUUGCAGGAAUGAAUGGGAGCAGUGAUCCUGUCAGUUCAAUUUCGUUCCCCUUCCUGAAGGAA